GUCAGACAGUGUUAUGACAAGAGGAUAUGGCAACACAGUCUCUAAACUGCAAGCAAGUGGAGCGAAAGUGUUCAUCUAACCCCGCCUCUGACUGUUUGACGUCACAUGCCUCAGUCUUGACACAUGGUGAUGAUCAUCACAUUUCUUACACACACACACACAUGCACGCACGCACACUCGCGCACUUCAAGCCGGUGCUGUAGAGCAGGAUCUAUCAUCACUUGUCGUUAUUAGACGAAUGAACGCUGUUCUGUAUAUCCUUUCAUUUCAGUUUAAUUUUAAAAAUAAUUUUUGCACUGAAUAAGAGAGAAUAUGUCCAGACAGCUCACAAUGACUUCAGCUUUCCUACCUCCGCAAACUAACGGCGUUUUGAAGGCGCUCCUGGAAAAACCUCUGAAACUACCUUUGCACCAAGAUGAAGGCUACGUGAAGGAGAGAGAGAAGGUGAAAAAGCUGGAGGAAGAAGGAAACACUCCUCAAUCAGCUUUCUUAGGGCCAACGCUUUGGGAUAAAACAUUGUCUUAUGAUGGAGACAGCUUUCAGUUGGAGUAUAUGGACCUUGAGGAGUUUCUCUCUGAAAAUGGCAUCCCCUCUAGUCCCGCACAACAUGACCAAAGCCUCCAUCACCACCAGCAGCAGCAGCAGCCGCAGCAGCAGCAGGCUUCAAUGCCUCAGGGCCCCAUCUCAGUCAUGGACCUCAGCAGCCGGGCCAUCACCUCCAUCCACACAGGCAUGGUUCCUCAGAACUGCCUCCACAGCCCGGGCAGACCAGUUUUGCCUCCAUCACGUAACACACCAAGUCCAGUAGACCCAGAGGACAUUCAGAUACCAGUGAGCUAUGAGCCUGACCCGGCAGACCUUGCUCUGUCCAGCGUGCCAGGCCAGGAGGUUUUCGACCCACGCAAACACAAGUUCUCCGAAGAGGAGCUGAAGCCUCAGCCUAUGAUCAAGAAAGCACGCAAAGUCUUCAUUUCUGAUGAAAUGAAGCAGGAUGAAAAAUACUGGGCACGGCGCAGAAAGAACAACAUGGCUGCCAAGAGGUCACGGGAUGCUCGGCGCCUAAAGGAGAAUCAGAUUGCCAUCCGGGCUGGUUUCCUGGAGAAAGAGAACGCGGCGCUCCGACAGGAAGUUGCUGAACUACGGAGAGAGCUGGGACAGUGUAAAAACGUCUUAACCAAGUAUGAAGCUCAACACGGCCCUCUGUGAGACCACCCGGGUGCUCCUCAACUUCCCUCACCCCUGCCCUUCUAAUUCGAAGGACAAUAUUGUUGGGUUAAAAUCCGCCGGGCCUGUUUUCCAGCCAGCCCUCACCUCAGUCUGUUCUUGGCACCUUAGAAGCAGAAACGUUUCAUCGUGUGGUUAUUUCAGACAUCUUUUAGAGAUCUACCCGCUCUCUUUCUCUAUUUGUUAUUAUCGCAAACAAAGCCACUGUUGUUUGCAGAUCGUGUUACUUAUGAUUUUACUGUGCUGUAGCAUUUGUCCACAAACAUUUGCCUUGAUUUGUCAUAAUUUAGCAGUCAAAUCUGAGCUAGUGGAUUUUCUGCUGUUCCUCUACAGACACCCAUAGCAUUGUGUAUGAGAGGAGUACAUGUGCAUAGCUGCUUCAGGCACGUAAAGGUUUUGUGUCUCCGUAAAGACAUUAUUCUCACAGACAGAACAGAAUGUAGCAAGAUUUGAGAGUUUGAAUUCAUAAAAUAACUAUAUGUGACCAUAAAUACUAAAUAUCUGAAAACAGACAAUCAAUUUGCUAAUGAAAUGAGGAUGCCAGGUAAUGAAAAUCUGUGCCACAGAUCUGGAGCUUGAUUGAAAUUGGCUGUUACUUUAUUAUUAACCAGCAGGUUUUUUUUUGUUUUGUUUGGUGUAUGUGGUUAAUGACUUUCAUUUUAGUGGAUAUGAAAGAUAAACUGUAUGUUUAUGCAGAUUUGAAAGUUCAGUUAAAAAGUCGCAUCCAAACCUUUUAAAUCCUGGGAAGCUAAUUUAGUUUAGGUGGAACUGCCUGCUGCAAUAAUUCCAUCAGAUUCAGCACGGAGCGUCUGUCUGCAUUAUGCUUUUGAGUUCAAAAUGUGAUCAAGGAAAGCAUAUUGAACAAGGUCCCAAUGCCCUUAUUGCUAACACAAAGAGCCAACCUGGUAUUUAGAGUCUAUUGAAACAGAUAUGUUGCCUUUUGUUGGUCAGUUGUGUAAUGAAUGUAGUACAGUGUAUUUUAUGUCUGUCACUCUUUACUACAGACCAAAUGAUAUGAAAUACAAUAAGGUUAUAUUGUCAUAUUGCAAUUAAAUGUUUUUACAAAGUUAUUCUUGUUUUUGUACAGUAUUUUCAUACGGAUUUCUGAAUAUAUCUGUGUAAUUUGAUGUAUACUGUAUAUUUAUAGGCAACAAACUUUAUGGAAAAAGUUCUAAAUUCUACAGUUAACUGUAUAUGGGCAUUAAUACAGUACAUUUAGUACCAUGAUCGUAGUUUCUGUACCUAUUCUUAUACAGGCACUUUUGUGUUAUGUGCAUCAAUAUCCAAACUUUUUUCAUGGUUACUUUUUCUUUUGUUGUUAAAUUAUAUUGUCAAUACCUAUGUUACUUGGUAAAAGAACGCUAUUCUUGGCCACAUAGAAUGUUGUCAAUCAUUGUAUAUUUCAACAAACAAGAUGUCUUUUAUAUUAAAUAUAUUAUAUUACAGCAUGUUUAAAUUUUAACAUUCUUUCUUGAGAUGAUUAUUUGACUUAAAUAUUUGCAAUAUGUUGUCUGUUGUGGUCCUUUUUGGUUCCCUUUUCCUGUUUCAU